AUGGAAAUUGGAACCUAUGACAUUGGAUUUAUUGAUACUGAUUUCAAUCUUAAUAGAAAUACCAACGUUGCUUUAGGAGAAUAUAGAGGAAUUUGGAUGUACAUUUGGGUUGGAUAUUCCAGACAAGAUGAAUACGCUGGUUGGUUCUUUGGAUUCCCAGAUGUUAGCAAAGGUGGUUUAUUAAAGAAAGUAUUGCACUUCUCUCCAAAAUACCUUGCUGUAUAUUUCGGAAAGGAUGGAAUUAAUAAGAAUUUCAUUGGUAAAUCUAGACAUGUUCAUGCUUGUUAUGGUAGCACAUAAUGCUGGCACUAUGUUGAUAAGGUUGAAGUUGAGGUUGAUCUUCCAGCUUGGAUCCCAUACAAACUUAAUAAUUACUUUGAAUUCUAUGUUUAAAAUGAUGCUGAUGCUUUGAUUUAUGCUAAAGAUGACAAACCAGCAUUGGAUGUUGAAUUCACAUAGACUAAUUUCCCAGGAUCUGACAUUGAAGCCAUAUAUGAAUAUGGUAUUGGUUUAUGGACUAGAUGGUUGAUGAACUAUCCAUUCAUUUUAUUAGAAAAAGCUGAAUCCCACUCCAUAUUUAGAUUCACAACAAAUGCUUAAUACGAAGAUGCUUAAAAGAAUGGAGACAGAACAGUAUCAGCAUUUGUAGGAAGAGGAGAAUACAAAUUCAGCACUUAUGAUGCAGUUCUUGAUAAGAAUGAGAUCACAACAGGAACUAAGUUUGAUAAGGAAUUAGAAGGAUAUUGGAAUUUCGUCUAUUUCUGCUACAAGAGAAUUCCAACUGGACCAAAGGGUAUUGGAUAUGUUUAUCUUACUCAUUAAAAUGUUGUUAAGAGAGUUGAAAUUGACAGUGCUAAACAUUGGUUAUUGAGAGAUUAUGCCAGACUCGUUAUUGGAAAGAAAGAAUUUGGACAUUCAGCCUUCUAAGGUAAAUUGUUUGAUCCAAGAGCAUUUUUGGGCAAGAACAGUUAUAUUGAUUCAAGUGAAGAUUUACUCAACGUUAUUGUUCCUAAAUUCAGACCUUAUCCACCAUACAAAGAUAAAUAAGAUAAUGAACCAGUCUAAGUAGAAAAAGCCAAGAUGACUUAAAGAGUGUUCAAAUCAUAUGAAGAGAAAUACAGUGGUGUCUUUGAAUACAGUGUUUAUGGAUUUGCUAAGGGUAAUAAAUUAAAGAAUGUUACUGAUUGGACUUCACUUGUCAGAGUCACAUAAAAUACUCCAGAUAUCCAAGCUGAUAAUGACAAUGCAGGAGAUAGAACUCUGUCCAUCUUCAUUGAUAAAGGGUGUCUGGUAUUUCAGUACUUAUGA